GCCAUUAAACUAGCAGAGGGGGAAUGGCAGAACCAGCCCAGGCCCCGCUGUCCCGCCUGCUCGUCCCCGUGCUGCUGGCACUGGGCUGGAUCGUGGGCUGCGCCCUCAUGGUGUACAUUGUCUUCUCCUGACCACGGAGGGAUGGCAGUGCCACACGGCGCCCUGCGGAGAGAAGAACCUGCAAUGACGUUGACGGGAAGAACACAGAAGUCCAGUUUAGAUUUCUAAUGACUAAAAUACAUAUAAAAUGAGUUAUUUUUAAUAUCAA